UCCACCUGGACCUCCGCAUGUUAUUACGGCCCCUUACGACUUUUUCCUUACUUUUUUCAUUUCUUCUUUCUGUUGUGUAAGGAAUGGAUGGUUGCAUUGGGUGGCUUUUCGCAGUGGUCCAUGUUAUUCUUGCAAUUCUUUUCACCUUCGUCGCCUCGUCCGCAAUGGCGUCUCGCCGUUUCGGUCGAGGUUCCUCUUCUCGGGUUCGAUUUCUGAUUCUUGCGAAUUGCUUUCUAAUGAGCACCCGUCCGCUUCUAGCUUAUGGAGUAUGGCCAUCACAGAAGGGACGAAUGGCGUUUUCUAUAACACUCAACGAACCAUCGAGCCUGCGGCUGAUGGGUUCCUUGCAUUCCUUGACCUUUUCAAAUUUCUACCAGAAGACAUCCAAUGAGACGGAAAACUUGAUUACACAAGAGUGGAUGAGAGAUGGGUGGAUCAUGUAGGAUGAAUUAACCUAAAUGCCUUCAUAUUGGUUACAAAAACUUAGUUCCACUCUGCACUGUGAUGUACAUGGA